CAUUAUACGUAUUAUUGAUUAUUGACGUUCCUUGGAGACAUAGAUUUCUACCAUAGGAAAAGGCACAAAUCAUGCAACAUAGGCACAAUGUUACAGAUAUUUGCGCUCCGUGAUGAGACGCAAUUCCAUGAUCGCAACAUUGAUUUAUUGAUUGGUUGGGACUCACAGGAAAAAGUGCCUGCUGUGUUCUAUCGCGACUGCUGGCGAAAAACACAGCAGUGUUCGAUCGUUCGAUCUAACUCUUUAGUCACGCUUCAUGGACUUUGCACCGCUCUUCAUGGACUUGCCACCGCUCUUCAUGGACUUUCCACCACUCUUCAUGGACUUGCCACCGCUCUUCAUNCUCUUCAUGGACUUGCCACCGCUCUUCAUGGACUUUCCACCACUCUUCAUGGACUUGCCACCGCUCUUCAUAGACUUGCCACCACUCUUCAUGGACUUGCUACCGCUCUUCAUAGACUUGCCACCACUCUUCAUGGACUUGCUACCGCUCUUCAUAGACUUGCCACCGCUCUUCAUAGACUUAUCUUUCAUGGACUUGCUCAUAGACUUUUCCUUCAUAGACUUUUCCUUCAUGGACAUCGACUUUGCGGACAAGCGUCGGGUCAUGUCACCCUCCUCGACCGAAGUAGCUCCACGGAAAUUUUUGGCUUCCGUAGUGGCAAGGGCGACGGCAACGAUAACGAGUAGGAGAGUCUUGGUUGAGGGGUGCAUCAUCUUUGAAGAUGGAGGGGAAUUCGAUGUAUUUUGGGAGUUGUUAAAACCAAAGCUGUUUUGGAACUAUGUCAAAUCACAGAACUUGUGAUUUAUGAGCUACUGAAAGGCUAGUGAACUUGUUUGCAAGUAAAAAUAUGAAUCGAGUGUUUGGAUCAUGAGGGCGACUACGAAGUCACGUUACUCCCCACGCAUCCGCAACACUUUCAGUAUCGUUGAUGUGAGUGUUCUAGCCCGUCGUAUUUCACUUUACUCACACCCUUCCUCUGCGGUGAUAGUUAGGGUUGACAGUGACACCUUGAACAUGUGAGCAAAGUCAAUGACAGCCUGCGACAAACAAAAUUCCGAACCCAGUCCGAUCGUGCGCGCCAACGGAAAGGAUCCGGGAUCAAUAGGUAACGCCACCGAAAAAACAGAAAGUCGAUCGAUUCGGCACGUGUUGUUAAGUUUUUGCACAUGCCGUGUUGAAAAUUCCAUUUCGCCAUAUUUUCAACGUCGAUCGGAAUUCUAAUAGUCUUUUGGGACUAAAAAAUAAAUGCGAUU